GACCUGGGCUCCAUCUCAACUACUGUCCCCAAGUCCAUGGCCAACUCUCUGUGGGAUACCAGGGUCAUUUCCUAUGCAGGGUGUGCUACACAACUCUUUCUGUUUGUCUUUUUAGCUUCAGCAGAGUUUUAUCUCCUCACCGUCAUGUCCUACGACCGCUACGUUGCCAUCUGCAAACCCCUGCACUACGGGACCCUCCUGGGCAGCAGAGCUUGUGUCCACAUGGCAGCAGCUGCCUGGGCCACUGGGUUCCUCUAUUCUCUGCUGCACACGACCGAUACAUUUUCACUGCCCCUGUGCAAGGGCAAUGCCCUGGGCCAGUUCUUCUGUGAAAUCCCCCAGAUCCUCAAGCUCUCCUGCUCACACUCCUACCUCAGGGAACUUGGGCUUCUUGUGUUUAGUGCCUGUUUAGUUUUCAUGUGUUUUGUGUUCAUCAUCCUGUCCUAUGUGCAGAUCUUGAGGGCCGUGCUGAGGAUCCCCUCUGAGCAGGGACGGCACAAAGCCUUUUCCACCUGCCUCCCUCACCUGGCCGUGGUCUCCCUGUUUGUCAGCACUGCCAUGUUUGCCCACCUGAAACCCUCAUCCAUCUCUUCCCCAUCCCUGAACCUGGUGGUGUCUGUUCUGUACUCAGUGGUUCCUCCAGGGAAGUCGUGCUUGACCAACCUCAUUGACUUUUAUGAAGACAUAACGAUGUGGAUACAUGGUGACGAAACAGUGGAUGUGGUCUACCUUGACUUCAGUAAAGACUUUGACACAGUCUCCCACAGCAUCCUCACAGCUAAACUGGGGGAGUGUGGUCUGGACGAUCGGAUAGUGAGGUGUACUGUGAACUGGCUGAAGGGAAGAAGCCAGAGGGUCGUGGUCAAUGGGGCAGAGUCCAGUUGA